AUGUUUGGCCAAGUUCUUGCUUUAUCGUGUCUCUUUGUGGUGGGCCAACUUAGUGGUGCAGUUGCCCGUGAUGUCGGAGUCCAGAAAUCGGAGGACAUAAUAAGAUCUGGUGGCUGUACGGUUCCAUUUGCCUCGUUGCCAUACCCAGAGCAACCACUGAUUCUAGUUCCAGGAUCGAACAAAUUCUGGCACCCGCAGGAUGAAACAAGACAGGUUCUGUUCCCCACGAGUGCUCCGGUAGAGUUGGUGUGUCGAGAAGGUUUUAAACUGUUCCCCGAAAAGCGUUCCAUUACGAUUGAGUGUGUUGCUGACGAUACAUUUGCGUACGAUGGAAACACCUACUCUAUGGUGGAGCUGGCCUGCACAUCGUACUGGUUAAGCUCGGCCAGAACCACACAGGAGCGCUGCUUCAACGGGUCCGUGAUUGUGAACGUAGGCUUCGAUCUGACCGCAAACCGAUGGGUGAAUGUGUUUGAUGUGUGCUACGAUGAGAUGCUUUACCAUACGCACUUUGUCCGUCACCACAUGAACCGUGCCAAUGGAGGCUAUCAGUCUGGUAAUCCUCGUCCAAAUUGGUAUCAGGGUGCAUACUACACGGACGUCAACAUCAACAACCUCUACACCGUCAACAAACAGCGCGAAACGAUGGCUAUCAUACUAAACUCACAAUCACGAGCUGACCAGCUGGUACAAAACACUACCAACGGGAUAUACAUGGCCCGAGGGCAUAUAGCAGCGCGGGUUGACUUUAUUUACGGAACGGAGCAGAACGCUACCUUCUGGUUCCUGAACGCUGCGCCACAGUGGCAAAACUUUAACGGUGUUAACUGGGAGCGUGUGGAGGCUUCGAUUCGCGACUUUCUCGGCAAGCGUGAUCUGGAAGUGACCGUGUACAGUGGUACGUACGGUGUGCAGAAGCAGGCGGACGGCAACGGAGAUUAUCAGGAGAUCUGGUUAGACUUUGAUCCGACCGAGGGUCGCCGCCGUGCACCGGCCCCAAUGCUGUACUACAAGAUUCUGCACGACGAGCGUAACAAUGCCGGUAUCGCGAUCGUCGGCGUUAACAACGUCCACAUACCGACCGACAUGAUCCUGCGCGAGUACGUACUGUGCAAGGAUAUCGGUGAUCAGGUCGAGUGGAUCGACUGGCAGCGUACGAACGUAACGAUCGGGUACUGUUACGCGUGCGAGGUUAACGCAUUCAAUGCGGCGAUCGGUAAUCCGCAUCCGAACCUUAAUGUGGCAAAGCUGCUCACGAGUGUUGCCGGCAAGCGGUUCGUACACUCGCUCUGGGCCAUGUUUGCUGGUCUCGGUUUGCAUGGUGUUUUAUUUUUCGUACGGUCUGCCCUUCGUGUGCCGGCUGCGUAG